AUGCACACGCGGGAUGCACUAAUCGCAGGCCACUCGGUGGUGCUGCUGCAGCUGGCGAGCCGGAAGGAGUGCUCGUCUCUCCGCCGCGAGGCAUCCAGCUUUGCCGCAGAUGAGCGGAAGCAGAUGAGCGAGAGCAAGCAUGCGCUCGACGCUAACCACCCGCACGCGCACCCCGAGGUGAUCCGCAGGCCGGCAACGGUGGUUCUCGGGCCCGAGGGCCGGCGGCUGUGCGACCAGCUGCUGCUGCGAGGCCUGAGAAAGUGCGAGGAGCUCCUCCCCGCCGUGGUGCCGGCGCUGCUCGGCGACAGCGCCGCGGGCAGCGAGAGCUGCUUUGAUAAUCCGAGGCUCACCUUCACCGGCGAAUCCCUGGUUGGAGCGCCGACCGGCGAGCCGGCGAUCAACGUAUACACGGCGGGCGGCUUCUUCACUCCGCACCGCGACCUGCAGAGUCUGACCAUCCUGCUGCCCCUCUCUGACGGUGGCGACGCCUUUGCCGGCGGAGGCACCGCAUUUUGGGCCGCCGCCACUGCGGACGGCCCACCGGCCUUUGUGUUGACGCCGCCGGCAGGUACGGCGCUCCUCUUCGGAGGCAUGGUGAUGCACGCGGGGAUGCCCGUGGAUGCGGGGGAGAGGGUGGUCUUUGUCGCGAGCUUCAGCCCGGCGCCGCCGCUUGUGGCGGCGUGGAAGGCGCUGCGGCGGGCGCUUCCCGCCGGCACCUUUGACUUUUUGAGAGACUGGCCGGAGGACUGGCGCGAGCGUCGCUCGGGCGAGUCGGGGCGAUCAACCGCGCGCCAGCAGCGAGCGGCGCAGCGCGGCCACUAUGCGGUAAAAAGAAAGAAUACAGAAACCGCGGGAGGCCCGUCGAGCAAUCACGCGGCCGCGGCGUUGGAGGGCCUCUCCGUCCUCUUCGCCCUCCUUCUCUUCGCAGGCAUUCUGCUGUACCACAUCCCGCUCGCGCUCCGCCGGCGGCGCAUGCGGCACCGCGACAUCGCAAAGAGACGCGCUCACCUGGAGUCGCUGUGGUGCGGAGAGUGCUCUGCUCGGCGGUUGCGCCGUGCGGUCCGCGCCGACUUUGAGGCGGAGGUGCGCGGUCUGAGUGCCGGCCGUCCGGGUGCUCUCGCCCGGCGGCGGUGCUCUCUGAGCCUCGGGCCAGAUGUCUGGCAGCUGAUCCUCGAGCAGACGUCCGUCCUCUCCCCUGCCCUCCGGUCGGUCGCCGGCUGCUCAAAGGCGAUGGCGGGCCUGGCACAGGACAGGCUGCGCCUCUUCCUGCGCGAGUCUGGCGCGGGCGGUGCGCACUUCGAUGAGACGCUGCCGAUCGCGCGACCGCUGCCCGCCGCGCUCGCGCCGUUUGUGCGGCUUCACGCGCACGCGGUGCGCUGGACCAUGCGCGCGCGCUUCCUGGCCAUCGAGACGCUGAUCACGCGGCUCGUCCAUUGGGGCCGCGGGCUCGACGCGCUGCGGGAGAUGCUCGACGAGCCCGACGCGGCCCACCGCCCUAGAAGCAGAAUGCGGACUCUUGCCCACCGCGCAGCCUUCGAGCAGUGGCUCUGCAACGCGGGCGUGUGCGAGGCCGCGAGGGAGGGCGGCCGCCUCCUCCUUGACGAGUACCUUCCCGACGCGAGCCGCACCGCCGACGUGGACGAGCUCUGGCGGCGUGUCCUCCUCGACAGCCCGCCGCCGCCGCCGCCGCCGCCGCCGCCGCAGCAGCAGCAGCAGCAGCAGCAGCAGCAGCAGCUCGCGCGUGCCGGCGGUGGCGCUCGACUCGCCGCGGGGAGAGGCUUCGCUUUGCCAGAGAGGGCGGCGUGGCGUGCGGCGGGGCACGCGCAUCUCCUCGCGAUGUGGGCCAAGGCGGCGGAGGAGGGGAGGCUGGUCUGCGGCGCCGUCGCUCUCCUCGCCGCCUUGCGCCGCGCGCACGCCGCGCCGCCCUUCCAGGGUGAGAGCGAGCCGGGCUCGGAAGGCCGGCCGUGGCUGCGCGUGUACCAGGCGUCCGACGCCGACCCUCUCACGCUGUCGUGCGUGCAGUACGCGGCCGUGCUGGUUGCGAGGAGCUUCGACCAGGGCCUGCACAGCCUCCGCAUCACCUCCGAAGAGCUGCGAGGUAUGGCGGCAGAGCACGACGAGCUGCGUUCCGUGGCGCCUGCGAUGGGCGGAGUCGUCGCCGUGUUCCACACCGCCGCGCUCUGCCGCGCGCCCCCCGCCACGGAGGCCCCCCAGAUGAGCGUCGGCCGGCUUGUCGUGCUGCUGACUCCGUCGGCGAUCGUCGGCGCAAAGGCGAUGGUCGUUGCUUGCGUCGCCAGCGAGGCGCUCGGCGGCGGCCGCGUCGUUGUCGUCGGCUUGCGCACGGGGGGCGGCGGCGCGGCACUCCCCGCCCGCGGCUCCGAUGGCGGCGGCGGCGGCGCGUUCGUGCGGUGCGUGCGGCCAGAGGAGGUGAGCCUCACGCGGUACAUCAUCAAGACGGUCGACGAGCCGUCGCCGCAGCCGCCGCCCUCCUCUCUGGGGGCGCACGGCAUCGGAGGCCGGCCGGCGGAGGAGGAGGACGGGCUGCCCUUCCGGGAGUCGUAUGCUCGUGCUCGGUACGUGUUGUGGGGGGAGGAGGCGGCGAGGCCGCCGAGCAGCCGGCCCCUCUCCGAGUGGGUGGAGGAGGAGGGGGCGGCGUUUGGGCGGACCAACGCGUGGGCGAGGCUCCUCGCGUGGCAAGCCGCCGGGGCGUGGGAGGCUACCCUCGAGACCGACGCCACUGGCGCCGAGCGCUCCGCGCUGCUCAGCGAGGGAACGCACUACCUGUCGGACAGCUGCUCUGCCGCCGGCUCCGAGCGGCUUGGGGGCGGGGCGGCUCGGUGCCCGCCGGACAUCGCUCGCUUUGAGGCGGAGGUGGAGGUGCUGGCGGCGCGGCUUCUGAGGCUGGUGCAGCCGACGAGACGCGAUCCGGGCAGCGAGUCCAAGUUUCUAGAGGAGAUGACCGACGCGCGGCGCUGGCUCUGCUGCGGCUGGACCGAGUACCUACAAGGGCGCUGG